AUGGAGCUUAUUUACUUGGCCACUCUUAUGGUUUUAUUUUAUCUAUACUUGAUAACUCAAGAGCUAAUGUUAGGUUCUACCAUAUUGAUUUUUAGCUCCGGUUUAUUAGGUUCUGCUGUGGGUAGAGGAGCAAUUAGUGUUCUCAGUUUAUCUAAUGAACGUCUGUUGACGCAUGCAAACGAUUCCAGGAAUAUUUGGAUGGUUGAUGAGUUUCCCAUGUUUGAUGAAAUUUUACCUUUUCAAAAUCGGCCGAGGCUUGUGAGAAUAGCACCGCUGAACUGGUGGACACUUCUAUUUCAUCAUGAUGAUGGUUCAGGAACGCAGGGUGGGCGAAAGAAAACUAUGAUCGCUUUUAUCUCUGGUCAUUUGGAGCAUAUAUGGAGGGACAAAGACAGCGGGCUUUGA